UUGGUUGGCUGCCAUGGAAAUUAGCAAAUCAAGUUUUUUCAUCAAUCUUUCUUUGUUGCUAGCGUUAUACUUUGCCACCAAAAUCUUUAACAAAUGGCUAUGCCUCAAGAAAAGAAGAACACCUCCGCUUCCACCAGGGAUAAUGGGUUACCCCAUCAUCGGCUGCUUCCCUGAAAUGAUGAAAAAUAAGCCAACGUCCCGAUGGGUGCACCAACUCAUGCAAGAAAUGAACACAGAAAUAGCAUGUAUCCGCCUUGGAAACACCCAUGUUAUCUUUGUCACUUCUCCUGAACUCGCUCGAGAGUUCUUGAGGAAACAAGAUGUGAUUUUCGCCUCUAGGGCUGACGUUUUAUCUGCCAAGCUGACAAGCAAUGGGUACCUGACAGCAAUCUUUUCGCCCAACUGUGAUCAGUGGAAGAAAAUGAGAAGAGUUAUUGCCACAAAAGUGCUUUCACCAACAGCGCACCGAUGGCUCCAUGGGAAAAGAGUUGAAGAAAGUGAUCAUCUUGUCAGAUAUGUGUUCAAGCAAAGCCAAAGUCCACUCACAAAUGGAUUUGUAAAUGUGAGAGUUGCCGCACAGCAUUACUGUGGGAAUAUGGCUAGAAAAUUGAUUUUCAAUAAGAGGUUUUUUGGGUCAGGAAUGGAGGAUGGAGGCCCUGGAAUGGAAGAGAAAGAGCAUUUGCAAGGAGUCUUCACAAUCUUGAAAUACGUGUAUGGGUUCGGAAUUGCUGAUUAUCUUCCAUGGUUGGAGGUUUUCGAUUUGGAUGGGCAUAAAAGAAUUCUCAAAGAUGCUCUAAAGAGAGUGAGAAAAUACCAAGAUCCAGAAAUUGAGAAGAGGGUUGAGAUGUGGCAACGAGGAAUGAAAACAAUAGAAGAGGAUAUCCUUGAUGUUCUCAUUAACCUCAAGGAUUCAAACAACAAUUCUUUGUUGUCAAUUCAAGAGAUUAAAGCAGAAAUUACUGAAUUAAUGCUGGCCACAAUUGAUAAUCCAUCAAAUGCAGUUGAAUGGUCUCUUGCAGAGAUGAUCAAUCAGCCAGAUAUUCUUAAUAGAGCAUGCAAAGAAUUAGACCAAGUUGUAGGCAAAGAUAGACUAGUCGAUGAAUCCGAUUUGCCUAUGCUAAAUUAUGUCAAGGCUUGUGCAAAAGAGGCUUUUAGAUUGCAUCCUAUAGUACCUUUCAACGUCCCACACGUAUCGGUAAAAGAUGCUACUGUGGGUGGAUACUUUAUUCCUAAAGGUAGUCAUGUUUUGCUAAGUCGUCGAGGACUAGGGCGAAAUCCUAGGGUUUGGGAAGACCCUUUGGUAUACAAGCCCGAACGCCACAUUGUUAGCAAAGACUCGGAAGUCAUGCUUGUGGAUCACGAGUUGUGCAUGCUAUCAUUUAGCACGGGAAGAAGAGGAUGUCCAGGCGUCGUGCUUGGUUCUAUCAUGACAACCAUUCUUUUGGCUAGGCUUAUUCAAGGGUUUGUUUGGACUACACCACAUAAUGGUCUAAGCAAUAUUGACUUGGUUGAAUCAGACGGAGGUUUGCUAAUGGCCAAGCCCUUGAUUGCUCAGGCAGUGCCCCGAUUGGAACCACAAGUUUAUCGGAAACUCAUGUAGUAAUAAUAUCAUGUUCAUGCUCUUAAUGCAAUGUUACGUGAGCAAAUUAACAAUUACAUUUGUGUUUAGUAUGC